CCGGCCGGAGCUACUUGGCGUUGCCCGCUGACAUGGCUGCGCCCGUAUUAAGGGGUGUUCGGAAGCUGCUGAAACUCGCGGACUUCACGCCGGUCCCGCGGCGACACCGGUAUAAGAAGAAAUGGGCUACCACAGAACCACACUUCCCCGCCAGCCGUCUUGCUCUGCAAAAUUUUGACAUGACUUACAGUGUACAAUUUGGGGAUCUUUGGCCAUCAAUCCGCGUCGGUCUUCUCUCAGAGCAGAAGUACGGUGCACUGGUCAAUAAUUUUGCUGCUUGGGAUAGUGUGAGUGCUAAGCUGAAGGAGCUGAAUGCCAAAGACUUUGUGAAUGAAGCCAUCUCUCACCAGGAGCUGGAGCCUGAGAGCCGCCUCUCUCCAACUCGGUCCCUGGAUUGCAGCCCAAACCUUCGAUGCUUCACCUUUUCCAGAGGGGAUGUCAGCCGCUUCCCUCCUGCCAGACUUGGCAGCCUGGGUGUCAUGGACUACUACCUGAUGGAUGCUGCCUCUUUGCUCCCUGUCCUGGCUCUCGGUCUGCAGCAUGGAGACACUGUGCUUGACCUGUGUGCAGCUCCUGGGGGGAAAACACUGGCAUUGCUUCAGACAGGCUGUUGCCGCAAUCUAGCUGCCAACGAUCUCUCCACUUCCCGAACAGGCAGACUACAGAAGGUCCUUCACAGUUAUGUGCCUCAAGAUAUCAGGAAAGGGAAUCAAGUUCGAGUCACCUCAUGGGAUGGCAGGAAGUGGGGAGAACUGGAGGGGGACACCUAUGACAGGGUGUUGGUGGACGUGCCAUGCACCACAGACCGCCACGCCCUUCAUGAGGAAGAGAACAACAUCUUUCAGCGGUCAAGGAAGAAGGAGCGGCAGAUGUUGCCCACGCUGCAGGUGCAGCUUCUCGCGGCUGGACUCCUUGCCACCAAACCGGGAGGUCAUGUUGUCUAUUCCACUUGCUCACUGUCACACUUACAGAAUGAGUAUGUGGUGCAAGGUGCCAUUGAGCUUCUGGCUAAUCAGUACAGCAUCAAUGUUCAAGUGGAAGACCUGUCUCACUUCCGAAAGCUUUUCACGGACACAUUCUUUUUCUUCCCAUCCUGCCUGGUUGGGGAGCUGGUAAUACCAAACCUUAUGGCCAAUUUUGGGCCUAUGUACUUCUGCAAAAUGCAAAGGCUGCCAUAGUGUUGGCCUGUCCCCGAAGUAGGAAGACAGUGGCGGUCGGAGGAAGUGAAACUGAGACCAGCAGAAGAGAUGCAUCCUAAGGCAUGUCUCCAUCCUGCUCGUUUUUGUAAAGAGGGUUAUAAACGGGACUGCUGCCCAACUGUGGAUUGUCAGCCGGUUUCUUUUAUUUUUAUUAAUUAUACUUUAUUCACUUUGUAUGUCAGCCGGUUUCUAACUCAUACUCUCACUUCUGUCUUGUAGCUCUACCAAGGCUUCUAUUUCAUUAGAGAUUUAGACACUAUCAGUGAAUAAUCUCAUAGUCCAAGCUGUAAAGUUGGGAAGAAACAUUUAGCCAAUAAAGUUGUUGAAGUGCUUUGAGGGAGGGCCUGUAGUUGGACACAUCACACCAGUCUGAGUUCCAUUAUGGUUCUGUGUGUCAGCUGACACUGCCAAGCACUCUCUCCAGAGUGCCCAGCCCAGGCCUCCAGCCCUCCCACACUGCGGAGUUCCAGUUUAUGAGCCCACAGGCCCACCAGCCUCCCAAGUGUCUCCAUAUGGCACAGGAUCUAAUUUAAGGAAUACGUAACUAAAACUGUUGGUAAUCCUCUUACGUUGAGAAAGCUUUUCUAAGCUGAAUGCUUCUGGCUUUCCUUCAGGUGUGACUGCAAAAGCUGCUUCUGGUACAUAGUGUUUUUGUAUGUUUCUUCCUUUAUUUCUUCACGUAACAGCAGGUGUUCUGUGAAUUCCUGUGUGACAGCCAUGGAGCUGUUAGAGAUAUGGUCGGGACUGGGAAAUAAUUGGAUUUCCUCAUCUUCAGAAUGGCAGCCUGCCUCCUUUCACUUUCCAAGCACUUAGGAAUUUCCUGAUAUUUUAAAUGUUUUUAUUUCUAGUCUGUGGCCCAGCUCUAAAUCUGUCAAAAUUCUUACAGUGUAGCAGAGCUUUACCUCAUACGUAGUGUUUUGGGGUGACAUUAUAUAAUGUGCUGACUUGCAUGCUAGUUGUUUUAUAACGUUUGUGAAAAGAAGGCAUCUUGUAGUGUCAGCAUUGCUUAUAUAUGUAACUGCAUGCAGGUUACAUAUAUCCACCAGGUGGAUAGCCAAGAAAGAGGCUAUACGGCGAAACCCAGACACCAAAGAUCUCUCAGCUUUAGCAAUACAAAGUAUAGAGUAAACAGCAGGCAGUGAUUACGUGCCAUGAAUAGAGGCUGGUGAGGGUCCCUCUCAGAGCAUCUUCCCUGGAGUUCUAUCUUACUAGCUUCUCUUGAUUUAAAAUCUGGAAGGUCUUCCAGGGCCCUUACUUAUAAUACAAAUCUCGAGAAAGGAGAUGUCCUAACCUCUGCUAAUAUCCUUCUCAAUGUCUACUUCUUUUUUAUAUAUUUAUUUAAUUCAUGUAUAUGAGAGUGCUCUGUUUUCAUGCACACCAGAAGAGGGAAUCAGAUUCCAUUACAGAUGAUUGUGAACCACCAUGUGGUUUUGCUGGGAAUUGAACUCAGGACCUCUGGAAGAGGAGCAAGUGUUUGUAACUGCUGAGCCAUCUCUCCAGCCCUUCAAUGGAUACUUCUAAUACCCAAAUAAGGAUUAGUAGGGAAGGCAUGAAAGACAAAAAGAAUGGCAAUAAAGGAGGGAUAAAGAAAGUGGGAAGAGCCAAAACUAUUCAAGUUAUUCACAAGGUGUGCACACAUACACAUACGUGUAUGUGUGGCAUGUGUUGGAUUGGAAAGAGGCUGGGUAGCCCACCAAAGAAUGGCCAUCUGCACAAAGAGGUGAGAGAGAACUAGGUUCCCAAGGAUGCCUGAGGCAUUUCAGUCCAACGCUGAAGUCUGGAAGCUUCCUGGAAGGUUGCUGCUGUUGAAUCAGUGUUGAAGAGCUGAGCAGUCUGAGGUCAGUGGGCAGCCAUGGUGGUAGGCAGUAUCACUCGGAGCAGGAAGAGACUUGCUGGCUGGAGUGUUGCCUUCUCCACACAUGCCUUCACCAUCUGGGCAGUUUGCUUUUUUGAGGGCCCACUCAAGGUCAGGGUGGAUCUUUUUCUCACUAGUCGCCUUCCCACGUGCCAGUCCUCUCUGGAAACAUCCCUAUAGAUGUACUGAUGUGUUUCACCAGUCUGAGGCCUUAAUUCAGUCUUAUGGACACCUCAGACCAACUAUCACAACUACUUUGGAAAACAGUUUGUCUCCUGUAACUGAACAUACACUGUCCUCUAACUCAGUUACUACAGUGCUAAGGAUUAAUUCAAGAGAAACUCAGACAGGCAUGCCAGUGUACCUGUGAAGGAUGUUCAUGGCAGUCCUGCUCACAAGCAAAGCCUGGACACAGUCUACUUGUCACUGAGCAAAAAAAAAUGAACAAACUGGAUAUUCACACAAUGGAAUAUAUUAUAUAUAAUCUUCCUCAUAUUACCUUGUAAUCCAUCAAUGUGCUGUUUAGUGAAUUCUAUAUUUAAUAAUACAGCCAUCAAGAUGAAAGACCCCUGCCUCACCCUAAGUUAAACAUAGCUAACGCCAUUUUGUGGGACACCACUGUUUUGUAAAACUCUGAAGGCUAAAUGGAAAACUGAAAAAUUACUAAGAAACCCAGCUGUGUCACCCACUUGGGAUAUCUGCGGUCAGGCUGCCCCAGUUGAGCUAUAAAAACAGUUUGUGUUAAUCACCCUCAUGGAUAUCUGUGAGACUGUUCCAGUUAAGAUAAGGGUCCUAAGAAAAACAACAGGUGGCGGGCCACGUCAAGGGGUCAUCAUGACCAUUUUGACCACCCAGUUCCUGAAAUCUUGGUGUCUCUGCCAAACUUUGACGCAAACCGUGGUCUCAUGUAAACGUACCAAUCAGCCCCCUGUAACCAUGCCUCUUGCUUCUGUACCAGCGCUUCUGCUCUAAAACCCUAUAAAAACCCCAGCUUUCCACCCAGGGGGCGCGCAAAGUCCUCCAAAUGACUCUGCUGCCCCGGGUACCCAUGUAUCAAAAUAAAAGCCUCUUGCUGUUUGC